AUGGCAAAAUCAGUCUCGAUCACCCACGGCGGCGAUAAUCUGUUAAGCUCGGUGGCAGCGUUGAACGGCCGCGUCUUUGACACCGAUCCGGUCAUUGCAUACAUGCUCCUAGACCUGUCCCGGGAAGAAAGACUGGCUUACCUACCAACAUACUGGUCUACGCUAAUCAAGUCCGCCUUGCUAAACGACGCAAUCAUCACCGAGGCAGAUGGCUGGAAAGCUGCGUCUGUUCUUGUUCCUCCGGGUCGAUACCUUGAUAAUGCCUGGACUCUUCUGUGUGCGGGAUUUCUAGGCGUGCUGUGGAGAAUUGGAUAUCCAGGUUGCAAGCGUCUCUGGGCUGAGUUCUCCGGCAUGACCGACAACGCGAAGAGAAUAGGGUUGCGUGGACAUAAGCGAUACUACUAUGUCUUCAGUAUUGGGACGGAACGUGAGCACCGCGGAAAAGGACUUGCGAAAGCCAUCAUGCAAGAUCACCAGCGCACUGCCCAAGCAGCUAAUCUCCCAAUCUGGCUCGAGGCAACAACACCAGGAUCGCGCGCUCUGUACCUCUCAAUGGGCUUUGAGGAAGUUGAGGAAAUCGUGCUCGGGAAAGGCAAGGUUGCCGCUGAUGCUACUCUUCAGCCUGGUGGGCCAGGGAUUCCCCUAUGGGCGAUGGUUUGGUGGCCAAAGUCCACUGCUGAUUCUUCGUCCUAA